UGUGUGUGUGUCUCUGUGUGUGUGCGCGCACGUGCAAUGAGAGGGGCUACGAGAACGGCUUGGCACUGCAGAACUCAAGGGGUUAAUAUCCCAGACAGGCCAAACGGUGUCACGCCGCUCUCAGAUGUCAGGGGAGGGGGCUGAUGGGAAAGGACCUCCCACUGGAGCUGCCAAUCAGAGAAACCACUAAGUUUAGGAAUGACCCCCCCGCCCCCACCACCCCUCACCCACAUCGCUCAUCCUUGCUCUCUCUCUCUCUCUCUCUCUCUCGGUCUCUGUUUCUCUCUCUACCUCCCUUUACACAGAUUUGAAGAACAGAAGCCCUGCAGUGGACCCUCAGUACCCAUUUGAGGAGACAGGCUUGCCAUGGCUUCUGGAGGGAAUAACGAAGAUGACACAGAUCAGGUGGUACCGGAAUACAGCAGGGCCAAUAUCAGGGACAUUCAGUCCCACUAUCUACGCUGUCCUUCCCCCAGCAGGUUCUCAGCGAUUUCAGAAACGGAGACCAUCUUCAUGGAACCCAUUCACCUCUCGUCUGCAGUGGCUGCCAGAAAGAUUAUCCGUGAGGAGCUGAAGCCACGAGCAAUCAAGGUGAAGCCAGUUCCAGAGAGCAUGCUCGAGUCAGCCAGGCAGCUAAUGGUGGAGGAUCUGUACAACCGUGUGAAGGACAUGAUGGAUGACACCAGCUCUUACAACACCCCCUGCGUGCUGGACAUUCAGCGAGCCAUGGUGCAAGACCGACUGGAGGCACCCUUCAACCCCGCUGAUGAGGUGUGGCCCAGCAUCUUCAUUGCUGAAAAAACUGUAGCGGUUAACAAGUCACGCCUGAAACGGAUGGGAAUCACCCACAUAUUGAACGCAGCCCAUGGUACAGGUGUAUACACGGGCAAAGGUUUCUACAAGGACAUGAACAUCCGAUACCACGCCGUUGAGGUGGAUGACUUCCCAUAUGUGGACAUCUCUCCACACUUCCGCAAGGCCGCUGAGUUCCUGGAUGAGGCCCUGCUAACACAUAAGGGAAAGGUGCUGGUGAACUCAGUCAUGGGAAUCAGUCGCUCGGCAGUUCUUGUUGCUGCCUACCUCAUGAUCUUCCAUCACAUGACCGUCAUGGAGGCCCUGCUGGCACUGCGUAGGAAGCGGCCCAUCUGCCCUAACGAGGGCUUCUUGAAGCAGCUGCGCCAGCUGAACGAAGCCCUGCUGCAGGAGAGAGACGAGGACGAGCAGCACAGCGACACUCUCAGCCAGGGCUCUGCUAUCGAGGCAGACGCUAGCCAGGAAGAGGGACGGAGUGUCCUGGGUGCCGAAGCACUUUCCAUGGUCGCGGACGAGGAGGAGGAUGAGGAUGGCAAGAGUGAGACGAGCAGUGCGGCACCCGUAACCCAGAGGCGUGCCCUGGCAGAACACGACCAGCAGAGGGAGAACCAGGCCCCAACUCUGCCCAAUGAGCAGGAGGUAGAAGAUGACAACAAGCGCACGAUCCGCGAGUGGCAGCAAAGGAACGAGAGGUACCGGAGUGAACACUGGUGUCGGGCACAGCUACGGAGAGAACAUGAGGAGUCACUCCCGGCAGGAAGCUGCCACCACCGUCCAGAGGACUCGGAGAGUGUCUGCAGUGUAGACGUCCAGGCCCUGACGGAACAGGUGGGCACCAGAGGGAUGGGCCGCCACACACAGGCAGACUCCGUAUCCACUGUAGAAAGCACCUAUGCUGACAUGGGGAGACAGCGACUCAGAGAGACUGAAAAGGAGGCUACUAACAGAUACAGUAGCAGACACCAGGGUGAGGGCGACAUGACUAGGACCAAGUGUGGGCAGGAGGAUGAGAAGAGUCUACUCUCAGAGACUAGCGCACUCUACAGGUCCUGUGUGAAGAAUAAGGACACACUGACACCUCUUGAGCGAUGGCGUGUGAGGCGGAUCCAGUUUGGCUGGAAUAAGAAGGACACAGACACAGAGACAAGCAUUAAUGAUGAGCAGGAUGACAGUGAAGGGGAGGAGAUCAAGGUAUCUGUGCUGGAAGACGUUGACCUCACAGCCUACCAGACUUGGAAACUGAAACAGCAAAAGAAGAUGGGAGCGGAAAAUAACGAUGAGACCAUGGAGCUCAGCACAGGUCAGGUCACUGACGCAGACAACAAACGCAGCACCUUGUUCAAAAAGAAGAAAACGAAAAAGGGAAGUGAUGAGGAUGAUGAGGACCAAAGUACAGGAAUUUCAAAGACCGCAAGCAAAUACAACCCAGCCUUUGUCAGUGAAAGACUGGAUACACCAUCUGGCCUCACAGGGAGGCCCAGUUGCUCUGUCAUUGAGAGAAAUCAGAUCAGCAGAAACAAUGGCUGCUGUUGGCAGAGAGACAUUAAAACUCCUUCCAUGCACCCCGACAGCCUAAAUGCUGAGGGUGCGAGGCCUCGAAACUCCAAACACUCCUCAUUUAAAGAGCAGGCCACAGAGUGCUCAUUUGCUAGGGGACAACAGGAACAUGAAAGGAAAUCAAGAUUUUACCCAAGAGCUGCAAGGCAGCUGCCAUCAUCCAGUCAAUUCCAAACUGGUGGCAUAAAUGGUGAAUCCCAGCCAGAUCCUUAUUCAGAACGUCUACACCACCCCAGGUUGCCCCCAGCAGAAGACUUGUUGUCCAAUAGUCUGACAGAAUCCAAAAGCUACGCUAGAAUGCGGAGAUCUUAUACCACUGACGUGGAGGAGCAGGAGGAGGAGGAGGAGCUUCAAGACUACACAGUAAAAAGGAAGUUCAGACAUUACUCUGGACAUGAAGACAGCAACACUGAGGUAAAGAGAGGAGGGCAAGUAAAGAAGGAAAAGGAGGAAGAUGGGCCUUCCAGCACAAGUCAGCAUAGGCUGAGGUCUACAACAAAGGCAGAUGAGGAUCAGGGUGGUGAUAUUACCACAAGGAGAAAAUGAAAUUAUAUAAAACUGCUCGCAGCUUCUUGAAUGUAAAUCUUUCUUUCAUCUUCUGAAAGUAGAGAACCUCAUGAGUUU